AUGCUCUCCAGCAAAGGCUACUCGUGGAAGGCUGCCAGAGCACGCCUGCCGCCCUACCGCCAGGUGCUGCAUACGGUGCGGAACCCCAAGUUUCUGCUGUCGCUGGGGCUGUGCACCGCCGUUCUGCUGCUAUGGCGGUCAAUGGGGUCGGCCGCCGGCGAGAUGCAGAAGUUCCACUGCUGGGGCCCUUCGAAACCCCCAAUGCACAUGUCAGCCAACGAGAAUGCAGAUUGGCACAGGCACCUCCAAACACCCGUACUGUUCAACCCCCACAAGCCCGUCGAAGUCAGCAACAGAGACAUCCAGCACGUCGAUCUCAACGCCGUCAAGUCCACCAUCGACGCAGUACGAAACAAGGAGCGAGUCCUCAUCCUGACCCCACUGCGCGAUGCCUCCUUCUACCUUGCAAAACACUUUGACCUCCUCACCCAGCUCACAUACCCACACGACCUGAUCGACUUGGCCUUUCUGGUCGGCGACUCAACCGACGAUACAACGGCAGCGCUAGCCAUAGAGCUCGACAGAAUGCAGAACAACCCAGAUGUGGCCUUCAGAUCCGCCAUGAUCGUCGAGAAGGAUUUUGGCAUUACCCUGUCGCAGGACGUCGAAUACAGGCACAGCUUUGCAGCCCAAGGGCCGCGGAGAAAGGCUUUGGGCAAGGCGAGGAAUUACCUGCUUUCAGCUGCCAUGAAACCAGAACAUAGUUGGGUGUACUGGAGGGAUAUCGAUAUCGUGGACAGCCCUGCCAAGAUCAUCGAAGACUUCAUUGCGCAUGAUAGGGAUGUACUCGUUCCGAAUAUCUGGUUCCACAGAUACAAAGAGGAGAAGGGCAAGAUGGUCGACAUUGAAGGCCGAUUCGACUACAACUCCUGGCAAGAAUCUCCCUCCGCCCUCAAGCUCGCUGCCACACUCGACAAAGACGUUGUCCUCGCCGAAGGCUACAAAGAGUACCAGACAAACCGCAUCUACAUGGCCAAAAUGGGCGACUGGCGCGCAGACAAGGACGUAGAAAUCCCCCUCGACGGCAUCGGCGGCGUCAACAUCAUCGUAAAGGCCGACGUGCACCGCUCCGGCAUCAACUUCCCCUGCUACGCCUUUGAAAACCAGGCCGAAACAGAGGGCUUCGCUAAAAUGGCCAAACGCGCGGGCUAUGAGGUCUACGGACUGCCCAAUUAUGUCGUCUGGCACAUCGAUACUGAGGAGAAACCUGGGAAUGGUUAA